CAACACUGGAAAGGUCGGGAACCAGACAGACCUCAUCAGGUUUACAGCUGGAAGUCAGGACAUCCCCUGGUAUUACGACAUCCUUUGCAGUGCCGUAGCACAUGGAUUUCAGGACUGCCUGUGAGGAGACGAAGACAGGGAUUUGUUUGCUGCAGGAUGGUAAUCAGGAGCCUUUCAAAGUCCGGCUGCACCUAGCCAAAGACAUUUUGAUGAUCCAGGAACAAGAUGUGAUAUGUGUGUCUGGUGAGCCUUUCUAUUCUGGUGAAAGAACGGUGACCAUUAGACGACAAACUGUAGGAGGAUUUGGAUUAAGCAUAAAGGGGGGAGCAGAACAUAACAUUCCAGUUGUCAUUUCAAAAAUCUCCAAGGAACAAAGAGCGGAACUUUCAGGACUACUCUUUAUCGGGGAUGCAAUUCUGCAGAUAAAUGGAAUUAAUGUGAGAAAAUGCAGACAUGAAGAAGUGGUUCAAGUUCUUCGGAAUGCUGGAGAAGAAGUGACCCUAACAGUGUCUUUUAUAAAAAGAGCACCUGCUUUCCUCAAACUCCCACUGAAUGAAGACUGUGCAUGUGCGCCAAGUAACGAGAGCAGUGGCACCUCCUCUCCUCUUUGUGACAGUGGCUUACAUCUCAACUAUCAUCCCAACAAUACAGACACAUUAUCAUGCUCCUCAUGGCCGACAUCUCCAGGCUUGAGAUGGGAAAAGCAAUGGUGUGACCUUAGACUGAUCCCUCUACUUCAUUCUCGUUUCUCUCAGUAUGUACCUGGGACAGAUUUGAGUCGGCAGAAUGCUUUUCAAGUCAUUGCUGUGGAUGGGGUCUGCAGUGGGAUUAUUCAGUGCCUCUCUGCUGAAGACUGUAUUGACUGGCUACAAGCAAUAGCAACUAAUAUUUCAAACCUCACAAAGCACAAUAUUAAAAAAAUCAACAGAAACUUCCCUGUAAACCAGCAGAUAGUCUACAUGGGCUGGUGUGAAGCACGGGAACAGGACCCCCUUCAAGAAUGUGUGUACUUUCCAACAUUUCUAGCCCUGAGGGGCUCAUGUCUUCACAAGUUUCUGGCACCUCCAGUGACAACAUGGGACUGGACCCGAGCAGAAAAAACAUUUUCAGUUUACGAGAUUAUGUGCAAGAUUCUCAAGGACAGUGACCUGCUAGACCGGCGGAAACACUGCUUCACUGUGCAGUCCGAGUCUGGAGAAGACCUCUACUUCUCUGUGGAGUUAGAUUGUGACCUCGCCCAGUGGGAAAGAGCCUUCCAAACAGCAACCUUUCUGGAAGUGGAACGAAUACAGAGCAAGACAUAUGCAUGUGUCCUAGAAAGUCAUCUAAUGGGACUCACGAUUGACUUUAGCACAGGAUUUAUCUGCUUUGAUGCUGCAACAAAGGCUAUACUUUGGAGGUAUAAAUUUUCUCAGCUUAAAGGUUCUUCAGAUGAUGGCAAGAGCAAAAUCAAAUUUUUGUUUCAGAAUCCAGAUACUAAACAGAUUGAAGCAAAGGAGCUGGAAUUUUCAAAUCUAUUUGCUGUCCUUCACUGCAUUCAUUCAUUCUUUGCUGCCAAAGUAGCUUGUUUGGACCCUCUCUUUUUGGGCAAUCAGGCUACUGCUUCUGCUGCUGCCAGCUCUGCUACUACAAACAAAGCAAAGUACACAACUUGACAUGCUGGAUUUGUAUUGCCACUUACCAUACUAUAUAAAUAGAAUAAAUAUAUUCAUCAUUUUGGACCAUGAAGAAAGAAUGAUGUCAUCAAAUCAACAGUGAAGUCAAAUUAAAGUUUCUGCAGAAAAAGCAUCAUAAGAAAUCUCAAAAGUGUUUCUGUGUUGAAAGGCAUCUAUGAAUAAUCCUAAAUGAAUACAAGAGCUUAUUCUCACUUGGUUGACUUGUACCAGUAUAUUUUCAUCAAAACUGGAGACAAAAGAAUGAAUGAUUCAAAUUAUGUAAAUAAUAUAAAAAUUGUAACCUAUCAAUGAAAAUGCCAAUUAAAUGGCUACUUCUGUAUUUUAGAUUAUUUUGCAUUCAAAAUACAUGUUGGGUUCAGAUCACAAACUAAUGCUCUGUAAUUGUUUUAUAAGUGACGUAAAUGAGGCAAAAAGACAUAUGGCAACAAGGACAUUAGCAUACAAAAAAAUCUCAUCAAAAUAAAAAGCCCUUUAACUUGCUGUCAUAGAUUUCUCCUGUAUUCUCAUUCCAUGAUUUGACACUGGUUCUCCAAUUUUGUUCAUCUUAUUGUAAAUAUUCCUAAGAAUUAUAAAAGGAUAAUAACAUUGACCUAUGAUAGACACAAUAUGAAAUGGACUAUUUCAUCUUUAGAUCACUGAUACUAAAUGUUUUAUUCACUGCCAGUGUCAACCAAAUAUGUCAAAAUGUGUUAAUUUCAUUAUGAAUGAAGGAAACAUUCAUGAACCUCUUGUUCUUUCCUUCAUUUAAGGAGAUUUAUAUUUUACCAAUAGGAUUUAUUAUCAAGUUAAAGUUUCAUACACUUGCAGUGACCUGAGAAAACUUUUGUAGAAAAAAUAUCAACAAAUACAGUGUGAGAAACCCUACUAGCUAAUCAUGAACUGAAAUGUUUCUAGAAAGUAGUCUCAAAACUAUUACUUAUGUUAAAUGACAUUUUUUCCAUUUUAGUAAUAUUUUAUGAGAAAAUAAAGUGAGAUAUGAAAAUACAAUUUAAAAUUUGUAUCUUACCAUGUCAUGAAAAGUGAUUAUAUAACAGCAAGCUAUGUCAGUAAUUUUAGGCAUUUUUUCUUCAGAAUGUAAAUGUGAAGAGGUUUGAAAUUUGAAAGGCUUGGAGGUGUGUGCACAAGACUCAAAUCCAGGUAUUACAUAGCUUUUUGUAUAAUGUGGAAAACAAUCUCUGACCUUCACUACAACUGCACUGAGAUCUGCUUUUAAACAACAGCUACCCAUUAAAAAAAAGAAAAAUAGUAUUUUUUUUUUAUGUAUGCACAGGUUCUCAACUAAAUCAAAAUGGAAUAUUUCCUUGUGAAAAUGAUGAAGUAUCUAAUAAAGUGCUUUGAUUUACAUUUUUAAUGGAAGAAAAAAGUCACUCAAGAAGGACACAUGAUCUUUUAUAAAAAGGGCACUACCAUUACAAUUAAAAAUUUAACAUCAAACUAUUUAUAUAGCCAUAAAUUAUCAAUUCACUUUCCAUCUGACUAAUUCUGAAGAACACUAAAUUUAAAAAAGUGAAGGUUCAUAAUUUUACCUGUGCAAGUGUCAAGUUGAUUCUAGGACACACUAUUAAAAUAACUGUGGCAAAUUUGACAAUGUACUGUUUUAGCAUAAUUUAUUUUGAUCAAAAAACUAAGUACAUAUCUAUAAUUAUGGUAACGCCAUGGAAUUACCCCUCACUAUGUAUGGAUCAAACACAACAGUCAUUCUAAAAUCAGAAGCCCACCACAAAACAGGCUUCAGUAGGCCACUGUUGAGCUUAUGGAGAAAAAGUAGAGGGAGGUAUCUAACUUAGGAUGUGAAACAGUAGCAGCCAGUUCAUUAUAGAAUCUCUGCUACUAACUAGAGUAGUAUGUUGGUGUGCUUUACCUUGGGAUAACAUCUAUAUGUCCACAGUGAGAUAACCUGGUCUACAGGCAACAUGAAAUAGGCUAGUUAGCCAAAAGGAAAAAAAAAAAGUUUUAAAACUUUAAAUACAUCUAAUGUAAUCAUUAAAAAUUAAUGUUGAAUUUUGUAAAAGCUCCAUUUUAAAAAUACAAAAAGGCAGGGGGU